UUAUUAAUGUUAAAUUUAACUGACGCGGAAGGUCCAGAUUGAAAGCAUUCAACCCCCAUCCCCCCUUCAUUAAAUAAGCUAGUUAGACAAGACCAACUCUAACAUUUCCCUUCUAUUACCAGCCAAUUUGUUAUUCCACAUUAUCAAAUAUCACACGCAAAGAAGAAUAUAUAGAAUUGUUGAUAUAGCUCGUUCAGAAGAUGAUGAGGAAAAUGAUGGCGGUGUUGUUCUCCGUUUUCGUCGCCUGCGCUUCGGUUGGCGAGGUCAGAGCGGCGGCGCCAACGGUGGCGGAGAAGUGCAACGACAAGUUCCAGAAGGUGGCGGUGUGCUUGAACUACGCGACGGGGAAGGCGGAUGCGCCAACGAAGGAGUGCUGUGAUUCGGUGAAGGGGAUAAGGGAGACUCAGCCGGAGUGCCUAUGUUACGUCAUUCAACAGGCCAACAAUGGGAGCGAGGAGAUUAAGAAGAUGGGGAUUCAGGUGGCCAAGUUGAUCCAGCUCCCCACAGCAUGCAGCUUGAAAAACGCCACUGCCUCCGACUGCCCUAAGCUUCUAGGCAUACCUGCUGGCUCACCAGAGGCUGCUAUCUUCAACAAUAAUGCAUCAUCAACGGCUACUCCCACUGCUGGAGCUGCCGGACAACAAUUGGCGCCCGAAAAGGACGGAGUUUCCAAGCUUGGACCCCAGCAUGCUGGUCUGAUGGCAAUGGCUGUGGCCAUCUUCUUCUUUGCAUUCCCCGCACUAUAUGUUUAGCUAGUAUAUGAUCAGACGAUGAAGGUUCUCUCUUGAGAAGUGUUUAAGUGCUUUUUUCUGCGUGAUCUUUUUAGGGUUGUUCGCAUUUGAUGUGUAAUUGUUUCCUUUGACUUGGUAUCUACGUUUCAACUUUAUUUGUGAACUUCAUGCUGUAGUUACCCACUUCGGAAAACUUCUUAAUGGUAUUAUUCGAGUUUAAUAUUCA